AUGGGAGAACUGCAUAAAUACACAUUCUUGGAAACUGCGGCUCCCCGACGAGCUCUCGGAGUCGACGGCGAGUUUGACGGUAACGCCACUUUCGCCGGCGGCAGUUUCAUGCCUUCUCAAUCAACUACGCAAGCGCAUGAAUCCUCUUCUGCUUUCAAGGCUUCGUAUCUGUAA